AUGUCUGAAAAGGCACCACAGCAGCAGAUUCCAGAUGGCCCACACGUGGCAGGCAGAGAUCGGCUAUCAUAUAUCGUAACAACAUCUAAAGAGACCAUUGACUCAACAAACAAGGAGAUUGAGGAUGUCUACCCCGAAGGUGGACUUAGAGCAUGGCUCGUAGUAGCCGGCGCCUUUGUGACUCUGUUUUGUUCCCUCGGAAUGCAGUCCUCGGUUGGUGUUCUCCAAUCCCAUUGGGGGAAAAACCAACUUCAGUCUUACACUCCGGGGACAAUUGGAUGGAUAUCGUCCGUCUUCGUUUACCUCAACAUGGUCCUGGCCGCGCAGGUGGGUCCAAUGUUUGACAAAUACGGUCCCCGCUGGAUCCUGCUCGUCGGAUCUGUGCUUUUCACCCUGACUAUGUUCCUAUUGGGAUCAUGUAAAGAAUACUACCAGUUCAUGCUCUGCCUCGGAGGUCUAGGUGGAUUGAGUGGUGCCUUAGUCACGACUCCAUCGAUGGUCGUCUUGUCGCACUGGUUCAAUCGCCGCCGAGGCAUGGCAACUGGUAUUGCCAUGGUCGGAGCGAGUCUCGGUGGAAUUGUCUUUCCUUUGAUUCUGAGAGCAACUCUAGACUCUCUUGGUUGGGCCUGGUCACUGAGAAUCAUUGGGUUCAUCUUCAUGGGGCUUCUUUCCAUUGGCAACCUUUGCAUUAAGACCAGACUUCCUCCCAAGACACGAAAGGGUGGAUUGAAUCUCCGUUCUUUCCGCGAUUCCAGACUCGUUUGGUUCACAGCGGCCCAAUUUUUCGGUCAGAUUGUCCUGGUCGCGUCUCUCGGCCUUGUUCCCUCAUAUGCUAUCGCGCAAGGAUUUAACACGGAGACAAGCUUAUACUUGAUGUCUGUUUACAAUGCUGGAGCCGCUGUUGGUCGGGGGCUUUCAGGAUUCGCCUGUGAUCGAUUUGGACGUUUCAAUACAAUGGCAGUCAUAAUGGCUUUUACGACGGUUUUUAUAUUCGCUCUUUGGUACCCAUUCGGAUAUAACGUCGGUGUAUUAUACACUUUUGUUGUUCUUAUGGGAUUCGGAACCGGUGCUAUCCUCUGUCUAAUUCCUGUCUGUAUUGCCCAAAUGUGCAAAACGGAGGAAGUUGGGCUUUGGCUUGGAAACUGCUAUCUUGUUAUCAGUCACGGGUCCCUCGUGGCCAUUCCCAUCGGUGGUCAGCUCCUGAAGAUCAUUGGCCCGUCGAAUCUAGUGGCUUUCAUUGGCGCUAUGCUUGCUAUGUCUUUUGUGUGCCUACUUGGCGCGAGAUGGGCAUGUUUAGGAUAUAAUUGGAAGUGGUUUGUCACGAUGUAA